CUUCGAAUUGACAAAUUCAAAUUCGAAGACAGGCACUUUUUUGUUGAAAAAAUGUUCUGUUUUAAUCGAAUAUAUACCUUCCAGGCAAGUUCUGUACUUCGUAUUAAAUGCACAAGUAUAUUUCUGAUCCGUGGAGCUCGAAAAUCACAGCAAGCGCCUCGAAAUGAAGACACAGAGUGACAGAGAGAUAUUUACUCGACCAAUUUCAGGUGGCAAAAAGAUCCGCAAGGCUUUUAUCCAAAGUGUGUACCGUAUCUGACAUCGCAGAGAGAGAACAGUACUUUAAAUCGAUAGGGCUAACACAAGAGCAUAUUGGGUUGGUUUUUAAAAAAUGUCCAAGGGCGAUUAUGACUUGUCAAGUGGCAGAAAUGGAGAAGAAUGUUAAUUUUUUGUCAGGAUAUACAACACAAUUUAGAGAUCCUAAUGUCUUGAUAUCCCAUCUUAUACCUCAGUAUCCUAAACUGCUGUUCCGUCCCAUCGACGUGAUGGAAAAGCGUAUUCGGCUCUUGGAGAAAUGUAUAAACCUUAACAAAGAGGAAAUUGCUAAAGUUCUAAGGUAUUCCAGGGUGCAUUCCGUGUAAACCUCACGCCGAAGAUAAUCUGAGGUAGUGUUACCGUGCGCCAAGUGAAUUCAUGUCUCGCUAAUAGGGUUAGCGUUUAGGGUUAGGUUUAGGGUGGGGAUUAGGGUUAGCAUUAUAAAUAGCGAGACAUGAAUGGGUUAGGUUAAAACGCGGAUGCGGAACGGAACGGAUGCGGAACGGAUAUGGGGUUAAAAUGCGGAACGGAACGGAUAUGCGGAACGGAACGGAUAUGGAGUUAAAAUGCGGAACGGAACGGAUAUGGGGUUAAAAUGCGGAACGGAACGGAUAUGGGGUUAAAAUGCGGAACAUGAAAAAUCAUGUCUGUUUUUAAAAAACGAUUUAUUCCCGUUCCAUUCCGCGUUUUAACCCCAUAUCCGUUCCGCAUUUUAACCCCAUAUCCGUUCCGUUCCGCAUUAUAACCCCAUAUCCGUUCCGUUCCGCAUAUCCGUUCCGUUCCGCAUUUCAACCCCAUAUCCGUUCCGCAUAUCCGUUCCGUUCCGCAUUUUAACCCCAUAUCCGUUCUGUUCCGCAUAUCCGUUCCGUUCCGCAUUUUAACCCAUAUCCGUUCCGUUCCGCAUAUCCGUUCCGCAUCCGCUUCCGCGUUUUAACCUAACCCAGACAUGAAUCUAUAACCCCAAGUGAGGUCAACUUAUGCGCCGGCUGAUCGCGGGCACCAUGAUUUUUCAUUAAUAGUUAGUUGCUUAAAAUUUAAACUUGCUAAAAAGGCGUGUAACUGAUGAAUAAAAUGUUUUGCUGAUGAGCAAUGAUGAGUGUUGUUACUGUUGUAUCACAAGUUAACCUCACUCACUCAGCAGUGGCGGAAACUUUUUUUUUUUUUUUUUUUUUUUUUUUGGGGGGGGGGGGGCGAGUGCCGAAGGCACGAAAUUUGUAGGGGACGUGCCCCCCAGAAAAUUUUUAAAAUUUGGAUCCCUGAAAUGGCAUUUGUAGCAUUCUGAGAGCACAUUUUGUAAGAAAUUCCAGGUUUUCAAAACAUUAGUUAAUGGUGCAUUCUGGUAUAAAUCAUGUGCUAAGCAUAAAAAAAACGACGUUUCAGAGAAAAUAUUGUACAUGAUUUCAAAAAAUACAUUUGUGAAUAUAAUGGAAUUGCAAGGUGGUUUAAGUUAAUUAAUAACCAAUGACAAUAUAAAAUUUAUUUGCUAAGGGCGUGACCUCGGAAACGUUAAAUCAAAAUCCGCUGUAUCAAAAUUUCAUCAGUCUAUGCGCAGUUCUAUUGUUGAUUAUUGAACAGUCCUACUACCUUAUAAGGUAAUAAUGAGAUUUUUAUUGCACAAACGACACCAUAGCAACGUCAAUCGACCUGCCUAGAAGCGUUAUCACACAACUGUUGCAACGACUGCGGUAACCUGAACUUGCAGUACGUAAUACUAAUAUUUAAACCAGAGAAGUGAAAGAACACCUGAAAAUUCCUACCUAUAGAUACUGUAUAGUCCGUUGUAAAUUUGAUACAAUUAAUUGCUAUUGUUUUAUGAACACUCGGAUGAUACUCUAUAUGAUAUAUGCAUGUAUAUCAUAAAUUUAGAGCCUAUAUACUGACGUAACUGGACACGAUUAUGGUUACAUCAUAUGAUAGAUUCCUGUUUCAGAAAAAUUGUCACUGCGUGCUGAUUUUUUAGUUACGUUCCUCAAAUUUGGUACAUGCAAUGACAACUAACUGUAGAAGCCACUGUUUUAGCCAAAAUUCACCACCUUUUAACCUGUAGUCGCAAAACUAAUUUAAUUUGACUUUUUUCAGAAUUCAUAACGCUCAUUGUGUCACUUGUCAGAUUAUAAAUUUAGAAUACUUUAGCUUGUUUUUAGCUUGUUUUUAUUAAAACUUGCCAUUUCGUUGCUCUUGUUAUUGUAACAAAUAGUGCUUCCUUAUAUUUUGCUUUCAUUUUUCAAAUUGAAAUCUAGCUAAACAUAAUUCUAGUAAAAUGUUUGGGGGGAGCGAUUGCCCCCCCCCCUCCCUUGCCCCCCUAGUUUCCGUCACUUGUAACCACCAUUUAGCUAUAGUAUUACAACCAGGAACACAAAUUUCUCGAGUCCCUAAAGAAUCAUAGAGGCCAAUCCAAUCACCAGGCGAUUAUUAAUACUCAAAGUCUCGCUUAAACAUUCGAUGCGCGCCAACCACCAAAACUGAAAACUUGUGCGCCAACCUCGACGUGAUUGUGCGCCAGCAAUUCAUAACUCACGCCGAAGAUCUUCCGCGAAACGUGCAUGGAAUGCACCCUGGAAGGUAUUAAGCUUCGGAUACACGAGCAAUAUUUUUACUGCGAUGGUUACGCAAUGGGUGAUAACAGCAUUGGGUUGCCGUCGCAAAAGGUGGCUACACCUGCAAUAUUUCACCUGCAAUAUAUGUCUUCAUAACGCUUUUCAUUGGCUGGUCAAGAAACGUGUCAUUCAUCAACCUUGACCUUCCUUGACCACACCUCCCAAUUUUCGGCAAUCAUUGCCGAAAAUCAAAUGAUUUGAAAUUUCGGCAACGAUUGCGCAGAGCUUUGUGUUGCCGUCACAGAGCAUGAUACACAAGCAAUUUCUUUCUCACGACGGCAAUGCAACGAUUUUACCACCAUUGCAUUGCCAUCGCCAGAAAAGUAUUGCCCGUAUAUCCGUAGCUUUAACGAGCCAACAUCAAUAAUGAUUAACCCACUAAUCAGACUAUCCAUGUGUCUUGUUAACCCUUUAACUGGACCCCACUUUAUUAUUUUACUCUAUCUAAUGCCAGAUAAUUUCACUCGUCCAGCAGAGAGUAAUUAUUUCACAUCUCUUUAGAUAUAAUCCCAUGACCAUCUUAACGAGAUUGGAAGAUACUUUUGAUGACCUCGUUAAAUAUUUAAAAGACUGUGGUCUUUCAGAUAAAACGAUUCACACAUUCUUUACCAAACAGCCAAGAUCAAUUACUUACUGUUGGGAGGCGAUCGAAAAACGUGUAAGAUUCUUCAUGGACAAAUUAGGGUACACAAGGGAACGAAUUAUUGAAGUCUUCACAAACAAUCCUAAGGUUUUCACAGCAAAUGUCGAAAGAAUGCGCAAGCAAAGUGACUUCAUUAAGAAAGACAUGGGCUUAACGAACCAGUCGUUAAUUAGGUCACCGCUUGUUUUGCUGUACUCGUUAGAACAACUUCAGUGGAGAUACUAUUAUCUAUGUCAGAUUGGGUAUAAAAUCACAGACGAUACACAUUUAUUGGACACCUUCUAUCAGGCAGAUGAACUGUUCGCAAAGUACAUUGCAAAACGUCCAGUGGAUGAAAUUUUAGCAUUUAAGGAUGACUUUUAUGAAAAUCUUAAUCCAGUGAGUGAUGAUUCAAAUAUAGUAGGCAAUACUGUACAAUGUUGAUUAAAAAUGUUUUAAUAACAUACAUUUAAUGUUUGUAAAUAAUUUCCAAAAUAAUAGAACUUACCAAUUUAUUCUCUUUUACCCAAUGGCCUCAUUUCCAUGUUAACUUAUUUUAGCAUACAUGUCAGAGGCAGAUAAAAAUUAUAUUCCCACGUUUUCCUGGACGAAUUUGUUUCUUGCUGUUCUUAAGCUCAAUAACAAAGUAAUUUUUAACCCUACUAAGCACAAAACAGGAGUAUAAAGUAUUUGACACAGAAACGAGGCCAUUGGGUGAAAAGUGAAUAAACGGUAAGGUCUAUUGUACAACAUUUAUGUUGCUUGUAAUAAUUAUAGUGAGAAUCCAAAGUCAAUAGACCUUAUUUUAUAACACAUAUUUAUGCUUGUUGCUACACUAUACACUCACAGAUAUAAUUUAAAUGCUUUGUUCGUUCCAUUCUAUGUCAUGAACAGGGUUUGAGAUUAGAAUUUUUUUGUCAAAACCUCGGGUAUCAAAGCAGAAAAUCUGGUGUCCAAAUUCUCAAAAUAAUACAAGUUCAAGUCUAUAUGCUGAGUUGCUAUAACAAAUACACCCUGAUUGAGUUAAAUUCACUAAAUCCAUUACCUAAUGAUUAGAAUUCGAUGUUAACCACACCAUUAACCAGCUUUUACAGGACCGUCUGACAAAAUAUCUGAUGACUUUGAGUUGGACAUGUGUAUGAUGAUGUCUGAUGACCUUCAGUUUGGGUCGAAAAUAGGUCUGAAUGAGAACACUUUUGCUUGGGCCUGACAAAUGUCCGGUUAUUAACAGUUAUUUGCUUACCAAAAUUUACUAAUGUGAUUUAUCAUGUGGGAAGUGAUCAGCAGGUCUCGUGUAAAUAUUGAAAAGCUGGCCGGACAUUAAUGUCAGACCCAAACAAAAUUUUUAUAAUUAAAUUCACACUCCAUCCCCUCAGUCACUAUUCUGUGCCUCAGUGGUAACUAAGCAUUUGAUAUACAUUAGACUACAACAUAUAACAAAAAAUAAUUUAACAUUUCUCACUUUAUGCAGGUUGACCAUCUGCCACACGACAGUGCUUGUUGAAACAAUCUAAGCUACUUACCUAUAUUUCCUAAAUCUUCUGAAACCAAUGAAGUUUCUUUAGAAAUUUGAAAAUAUAUUUCUCUUCAUUUUUUGUCUCUGGGUUUGUUUUCAUUUCUUGCUCAAUUGCUUUCAACAUCAACUCCUUUUCGGCCCCUUGUGCUGCUGCUACAACACUUUUACCUUUGUACCUGUCGAUAACGUCUGUCAAACUGAAUUCUUGAGUGUAUGUAUAACUGGUGACAUCUGCCCCCUCGUUAACAAAUCCACCAUGAUCUCGUAAAGGUAUAAGCGCCUUCUCAUCAUAAGUAUUAAUUCCAAAUUUAAGUGCUUCAUAUUUUGGGUCAAGCAUUUCCUCAAUAUUUUUUAUCCAUGACACGGAACGGUCGGGUAGAUACCAUAUGAGUCCUAGCAUCGCUUUUGGCUUUAGGACUCUGUGAAUUUCCUCAAUGGCUUUUUGGUCUUUAUAAAACCAGUGAAAACUCGUGGCAGCCAGAAUACAAUCCACAGAAUUGUUGGUCAAACCUGCAACAUCAUUUAAAUUGUGCAUUAACCCUUAAUGUGUAACACUUUCCCUUGAAGAGUAAAAUAGUCUGGAGU